AUGUAUCUCCACCAGUAUGAUUAUAUCUUUGGAAUCGGCACGGUGUUUGCCAUGCUGGAUGCCUACAACAACGGUGCCAACGAUGUAGCCAACUCCUGGGCUACCAGUGUCUCCUCCCGGUCCAUCUCCUACCGUCAGGCCAUGGUUCUCGGCACCAUCUUCGAGUUCCUCGGCGCCGUCACGGUCGGCUCCCGAACUGCUGAGACUAUCAAGAACGGUAUCAUUCCUAGCUCGGCCUUCAAUGGCAAUGCUGGUGUGCAGAUGAUGGCUUUCACCUGCGCUCUGGCCGCGGCCUCGUCUUGGGUGAUGUGGUGCACUCGUCACUCCGCUCACGUUUCCUCGACUUACUCGCUUAUCUCGGCUGUUGCUGGUGUCGGUGUUGCGACUGUUGGUGCUUCCAACGUCCAAUGGGGCUGGAACAAAGGCAAGGGUAUGGGUGCUAUCUUCGCCGGUCUGGGAAUGGCCCCGAUUAUCUCGGGUUGCUUCGCUUCCAUCAUCUUCCUCCUGAUCAAGUUCAUUGUCCACAUGCGCCGUAACCCCGUCCCGUGGUCGGUUUACAGCUCUCCCCUGUGGUUCCUGGUUGCUGGCACUAUCUGUGUUCUCUCCAUUGUCUACAAGGGUUCUCCUAACCUGGGUCUGAGCAAGAAGCCUGGCUACUGGAUUGCUGGUGUGACUGUCGGUUCGGGUGCUGCUCUCUGCCUCCUGUCCGCCCUGUUCUUCGUUCCCUACGUCCACGCCCGUGUCAUCAAGAAGGAUCACACUCUCAAGUGGUGGAUGAUUUUCUACGGCCCCCUUCUCUUCAAGCGCCCCGCUCCUACCGAUGGUACCGAAGUCGCCAUGGUCCCCAACUACGCCGUUGUCCAGGACGAGUACGAGGAUGAGGCUUCCACCACCCAGGGCUCCAUCAAUGAGGAGAAGAACCCUCGCACCGCCACCACCCCCGCCGAGGCCAACGAGCACAGACUGGUCAAGGCCGAGGCCACCCAGCUGACCUACAAGGAGAUCAUGGCUCAAUCCGAGGCCCGUCACCGUGAGAAGCUCCUGAAGAGCCGUGGUCCUCUUGGCUGGGCCAUGCGCUUCCUUCGUGACAACCCCAUGGGCGCUGGUGAGAUCUACGAGUGGCGCAACAUUGUGGCCCUGAUCAAGCGUAUCCCUGCCAUCAUCACCGUCGGUCUCCUGUACGGUGCCCACUACGAUAUCCACGGUGCUCAGAGCGGUAUUGCCGGUACCCCCGAGGGUGAGCGCAUGAAGCGUGUCUACGAUGCCGCCGAGAAGUACCCCAACGAGGUCGAGCACACCUACUCCUUCAUCCAGAUUAUCACCGCUUGCACUGCCUCCUUCGCCCACGGUGCCAACGAUAUUGGUAACUCCGUCGGUCCCUGGGCUGCCAUCUACUCUGCCUGGUCUACUGGAAACCCCGCUGCCGCCAAGGCCCCCGUCCCCGUCUGGCAGCUUGCCGUUCUCGCCCUGUGCAUUUCCGCCGGUCUGGUCACCUACGGUUACAACAUCAUGAAGGUCAUGGGUAACAAGAUCACCUACCACUCUCCCAGCCGUGGUUCCUCCAUGGAGAUGGGCGCCGCCCUCACUGUCCUCGUCUUCUCCCAAUACUCCCUCCCCGUCUCUACCUCCAUGUGUAUCACCGGUGCCACCGUCGGCGUCGGUCUCUGCAACGGUACCCUGAAGGCUGUCAACUUCCAGCGUGUCGGUCUCUUGCUGCUCGCCUGGAUCAUGACUAUCCCCAUCGCUGGCACCAUUGGUGGAUGUCUGAUGGGUCUUUUCAUUAAUGCCCCUCACUUCGCCGCUUAA